AUGAAAUUUUCUGUUCCCAAAAAUAUUCUUCUCAUGAUAGCAUGUUUCCUACUACUGGACACUCUGAAUCAGGUACAAACGUUAAUGUUUUCCACACUGGCUGAGGUUAUCACUGAAAUGAAUAACCAUACCUUAAUGAACCAUUUUGGAUUAGAACCCACUGAAACCAGACUAGCAAUGAUGAACUCAAUUAUGACAACUACCCAUGAAAUCGGAAAUGCUCUAUCGAUAAUAUUCCUCUUGCCUGUUGCUGAUUACAAAGGAAGAACAUUUGCAGCUAUUCAUCUUCGAUUCGGUAUCACAAUUGCUGUUGCAGUAUGUCAAUUGUUAGCAGCGUGGUUUCAAGCAUCUGAAAUUUACAUUCUCGGACAAUUCAUUCUGGGAUUUACCUUUUGUUUGCGAACAUUUGGAACACAAAUUUUUAUAUUAGAAUGUGCACCGGACAACUGUAGAGGUAAUUUAAAAAUCACUGCACUCAUAUUUUCUUUCGUUUUUGGAAAACUUAUCAUGUUCUCUACGUCGUCUCCAAGUCUUCUUGGAACUUCCAGUUUAUGGUUCAUUUUCCCUCUAUUCGUCAUGAUAAGCUCGGUUGUUGUUUAUAUCUUGCUCCUUCGGUUUCCGGACUCACCAAAAUGGCUUGUCCAACAAAAAAGAGUGGCAGAAGCUAUAGAUGCAAUUCGGUUUUAUCAUGGGGCCGAGUCUAAAAUUUAUGAAACUGUCAAUAAUGUGAUCAAAGAGAAUAGUCUAACCAAAGAAAACAAGCUAUCUUUGAAGCAAGUUUGGGAAAAUGACACGUUAAGACAGUCUUGCCUGAUAAUUCUAGCCAACAUGAUGUUCAUGCAAUUUGACACAAGUUAUGUUCUAUCCAUUUACACUAUCAUGUUCCAUAAUCAAGCUGGAUUCACAACUCAGAUGGCAAUGAACAUCAAUCUCAUAAUCACAAUUGUACUGCUUCCAACGAAAUUCGUUGGCACCAUACUUCUUGAUACGCUUGGAAGACGCCCAACAUUCUUUAUUGCUGGAAUUAUGCAAUACACAAAAUCAAUUUUGAUCUUUGCAACAAGUAUCAUCAUAUUCAUUUCUGGCUCUAGUUUGAUUACUCAGAUCAUGUAUCUUGGUGUUGAGUUUCUAGCGGUGCUGGUUCCAGCGACUGGAGUUAACUCUAUCUUAGUACUUUUUGUAUCAGAACUGUUCCCACCGUCUGCAAGAACGUCUGUCGGCCAGGCUAUGAUGUUUGGUUCGAUGCUGAUCAACACGCCAAUUGUCAGUGUGUUCCCAAUAGUAAACUCAAUUUUCCCGCCAAUUUUCUUCGUACCAUUUGUUAUCACUCAGGUGAUUUUUGGAAUCUACUUAUACAGAAACAUGCCUGAAACUCGUGGACGCGCAGUUUAUGAUAUUAUCGAAUCCAUGGACAAUGAAGUUGGAUCAAGG